AUGCGGCCGUUGAUAAGGAUAGCGGUGCCCCUCAAUGGAAGACUCUUGAGGGCCACCGCAGCGGCGGUUCUUAAUUCUUCCACCAUACCGAAGCCUGUUACCAGUAUCGUGUAUGGAGGUAUACGCUAUACAUCGUCAAACUCGAGAUGGAAGCAACGGCAGGGAAACGACUAUUAUGCCCGCGAGGCCAAAGUUCAGGGCCUUAAAAGCCGUGCUGCUUUUAAACUACUAGAAAUGGACUCGAAAUACAAGCUAUUCAAGAGGGGACAAACAAUAGUUGACCUCGGAUAUGCGCCAGGUAGUUGGUCCCAGGUCGCUGUAGAGCGCACAAAGCCAAACGGACGCGUGGUAGGGAUCGACAUUAUCCCUGCGCAACCGCCCAAAGGUGUAUCUACCAUUCAGGGGAAUUUCCUAUCUCCUAGCGUCCAGCAGCUCGUGAAAGACUACCUCGUGGAAUUCGCACAAAGAAACACCCCACCCCUCCCCUCGGUAGAGUCGUCAGGGGAAAUUGGCAACUUAAUUACCGAACGACCAAGUUAUAUCGAUGCGGAACGUGCCGAAUCUUUUGAGCCGGAUCAAGGGGAACCCUCAGAGGAUGAUGGGAAACUUGUGGAUGUAGUUCUAAGCGACAUGUCAGCCCCCUGGAUACAAACCACUGGAUUCUCUAGCAACAUAUUGAGUAACCCGUAUAAUAGGAUGAUGAACACAAGCGGUAUGAGCUUCCGAGAUCACGCGGGUAGCAUGGACCUUUGCCUCGCCGCGUUACAAUUCGCAAGCGACGCCUUAAAAGCUGGAGGUCACUUUGUCUGCAAAUUCUAUCAGGGCGCCGAAGAUAAUGAUCUAGAAUUAAAGCUCAAGAAGAUGUUCACCAAAGUCCAUCGUGAAAAGCCAUAUUCGUCAAGAAGCGAAUCAAGAGAAUCGUAUUUCGUAGCCUUGCGGAGAAGAGGCGACGUUACACUCUCCGACAUCACAACCCCCUAG